AUGCUACGAGUUGAUGAGCUGAUUAGGAAUGCGCGAAAGUGGACCGAGGAAUCAUGGCGUGGUUUGGACGAGAAAUCGAAUGAACGCGCCUACGUCGCAUGUAGUUUUCAUGUAGCGAAUCCAGGAAAUUGGGUAUUCACGCCGUUGAUACCCAGGGAAUCGGCUAAUAUAAUAUACAUAAAUGUGUUGUACAAUACGCGAUCCUGUGAUCAAUAUCAUGAUCCGAAAUCGUGCAAAGAAACGUUCAAUCUUUUCGUGAAACAGUACGAUCGAAAAGUGAACGAUGUGGAUAAGGAUACGUUCAACAGGACGAUCUCUACGUGGGCGCCAGUAUCGGUACUCACUAAAGACACGACUGCGGUGAUUUCUGAAACAACCCAGUCGGUCACCCUGAAUCCUUCCACGAAAUAUGUUCGUUUCGGUUUUGAGGAGAAUGGUGUCUGUGUCUCGUUGCUGACAAUUACGGUAAGCCCUUUCCGUGUUAUUUUGUAA